AUGGGACUCCAUUUGCCCCUGCAAGGAUUAUCAGGGCUGCUUCUGCUGUGUGCCCUGCCCUGGACUGAAGGUGGGAAGGUGCUAGUGCUUCCCCUGGACGGCAGCCACUGGCUGAGCAUGCAGAACGUUGUGAGGGACCUUCAUGCCCGAGGUCACCAGUCUGUGGUCCUGGCUCCAGAGGUGACCAUGUAUGUCAAAAGAGAAGACUUCUUCACUCCCAAAACCUAUGCAGUUCCGUAUACAAGACAAGAAUUUAAACAACAAAUAAUGGGAAACUUUGAAAAGGUCUUUGACACCGGAAACAUUGUGAAGACAUUCUUUACAACAUCUGAGGCUUUGAAAAAUAUGUCGGUACUUUUCUUAAAGACUUGUACAAAUCUAUUGCACAAUGAGCCCCUGAUCUGGCAUCUCAACUCCAGUUCCUAUGAUGUGGUCUUAACAGAUCCUGUGUUUCCAUGUGGGGCAGUGUUGGCUAGGUACUUGGGUAUUCCUGCUGUGUUCUUUCUACGAUACAUCCCCUGUGACAUAGACUAUGAGGCCACACAAUGUCCAAACCCUUCCUCAUAUGUUCCAAGACUACUCACAAGGCUUUCUGACCACAUGAGCUUCCUGCAAAGGGUCAAGAACAUGUUGUACCCUCUGCCCUUAAAGUACAUUUGCCAUUUCUCAUUCACUCCCUAUGAAAGCCUCGCCUCUGAGCUUUUGACGAGAGAAGUCUCCUUAGUGGAGGUUCUCAGCCAUGCAUCACUGUGGCUGUUCUGA